CUAGAACUCAGUGUGUGCUUCCAUGAAUGAGAGACAGAUCGGCUUCGGACUGAGACCUUGAAAACAAACGAGACCGAGAUCCAGAUGCAGAUCUUGAACGAGAAGUGCGAGACUCAGACAAGGAUUUGUUUGUUUCUGACAUCUUGGAAGAGUUUACACCUUAGCAGAACCAGUGAUUUAACUUGAACUGCCUCCGAAAAACACCAGCAGCACCACUGUAACUGAAGCCAUAAGUCCCUCUUUGUUUUCUGUUAUGAACACAAACCCAUGUAGUAAGGAGCUGUCAUGGAGAACCUCAUUAAUUCCCUCCAAUGGCGACUUUGACUCAUAUCACCCUGUGGCCACUGACUCUCAGAGAUUUGUUCCUUCAUCUCAGGAUCCAGGGCAAGCUAUGCAGUCAAGACUUGGUUCCUGGUCAAGUGUUCUUGUCUCGAGCAAGAAGGGUGGCGCCGAGUCACUCGCCUUCACCAGCUGCCAUGAGCGAGCGCCUCUUCCCCAGAAAAAGGAGAAGAAAUAGGAAUGAUGAUGACAACCACACUCCUCCCCAGACCAAAAGGAACAGUAGGAACCCCAUCUUCCAGGACUCCUGGGACACAGAGUCUUUGAGCAGCGACAGUGGUGGGAGCAGCAGCAGCAGCAUCAACAGCCCAGACAGGGCCAAUGGGCCAGAGAGCAGCCUGAGCCACAUCAUCCCUGGAUCUUGCCCCAGCAUCCCCCAGCCGAUGCCUGAGCAGUCUGCACUGUGCCAAGGCCCUUACUUCCACAUCAAUCAGACCCUGAAGGAGGCUCACUUUCACAGCCUACAGCACCGAGGCCAGCCUCCGACAUGAUGCUCCGGCAGUUUCUUGCCUUCUGUGAAGGGACAGCACUGUGCACAUUGGAUUAUAUCAACUUAAUGAUUUGUUUUUAAAAGUUGCACACAGAAAAAAAAAAUGCCUGUUGGCUUUCAGUCUA